UCUGGCAGAGAGGGCGAGUACGAGAGUCCAAUGACAGGCGCAUGCUCACCGUGCCGUGCCGGGCAGCCUGGACUGCCAGGAUACGCAGGAGUACGAGGAGCUCGUGGGCGGAAAGGCGCCAAAGGACCACCAGGACCGAGAGGUCGUGACGGAGAGAGAGGUGAACAAGGACCGGAUGGGGAUAUCGGUAUGCCGGGACCGCAAGGAUUGCAAGGUCCCCAA